AUGCGGCGGCAGCGGCCCGCGCGAUUGCGACGCCCCCCCCCCUCCCGCGCCGCCCGAAAGACGCGCACCAGAGACCGCGCAGGCGAAGAGCCACUCUUGACGUGCAGCCUGCUGAGGCCUCCCGCUGCACCACCCGGCCCGGCCGCCCGCGGCAUCCCCUGGCGCAACAGCGGACUCUGUCUGCUGCGGGGGGGGGGGCCCACGCAGUGCAAGGUCCUCGCAGUGCAGCGCAAGCGGGGGGGGAGGGCACGGGAGGAGGAGGAGGAGGAGCAGGAGGAGGAGGAGACGGGGGCGACGGGGGAGACGCGGGAGACGGAGGAGACAGAGGGAGAGGAAGCGGGCUGA